AUGCCUGUUUACUCUGCUCUUCUCCUGGCUGCGGCCGGGCUCGUCGCCGCUGAUAACCUGGCGGCCAUGAACCUCGGAGAGGCCAGUGGUCGAGGCGUAACCGUCGCCGGCAUUGGUUCUUCGGCCUUUGGCGUUCACUCGGCCACCGAUGGCUGUGGUCUUGGAAUGACCACCUGUGACUCCAACUGCAUGCCUCUUUCCGGCAUCUGCUGUGGUCUGGGCAACGGCGCUUACUGUGACAUUGGCUAUACUUGCGAGAGCGACGGAUGUUGUCCUGUUGGCAAGGUCUGUACUGGACCGCCCACAGGAUGCGAGGGAGAUCGUGAUCUCUGCGGCGAGUUCUGUGUGCCCAAGGGCACAUGCUCAAGCGGUGGAGGUGGUGGCGGAGGUGGCAGCGGAGGUGGCAGCGGCGGAUGCCCAACCGGAUACGAACCCUGCGACGACGAGUGUAUGCCCACUGGCAGUGUCUGCUGCCACAACGGCUACCACUGUGAUGCCGGACAAACGUGUACGACCGAUUUCCGAUGCCGAAUCGGUGGUGGUGGUGGUGGAGGCGGUGGCAGCGGUGGCAGCGGCGGUGGCCAGACUUCCCAAGGAGGAUCCGGCGGUUCUGGCGGUUCUCCUACUACAUACAGCCUCUCGCCCAACCCUGAGCCUACUGAGCCUCCUACUUCGACCGAGUCGAACCCCUUUGGCGGUGAUAGUCCUACCACCACUCCUGAAUCAAGCCCUGUUGAGCCUACCUUUCCUCCUGCCAGCCCUACUAGCAGCAGCAGCAGCAGCAGCAGCGGUGGCAACGGCGGUAGCAACGGUGGCAACAAUGGUGGAAACAAUGGCGGCAGUGGAGGCAGCAAUGGAGGCAGCAAUGGAGGCAGCAACGGCGGCAGCAACGGCGGCAGCAACGGUGGUAGCAACGGUGGUAGCAAUGGAGGCAGCAAUGGAGGCUCCGGCGGCAGCUCCAGCGGCGGCGGCAACGGAGGCAGCAGUGGCACAAUCAACACUCCUAGCUUCCUCGUCGGCCUCCUUGCCCUCGUUCCCUUUGUUCUAUAAACUUGCUUCUUCAUUGUGGUGCUCAAGGGCAUCAUAUACGCAGCCAGCAUUGGCAUAUAUGUGCCGAUGCUUGAUAUUGAAGGACAUGAUCUGGUAAUGAUUAAUAAUGGAAUACAAUGGUGGUGGAUUGGAAAUUGAAAUGAUACCUUUUUUCUUUUCUUAUAUAUUUGGGAGAAACCGACAGGCUGUUCAGAUAUAUGACGCCUCGGAUAGCCAUUAGAUAUAUACACGAUUCUAAUGCAUUAAUUACCUCUCACG